AUGUCUGUAGAGGAGAAAGAGAGGUUCUUAAAAGUUUUACGAAAACUCAAAGUCCCUGAUGGCUAUGGAUCUAACCUUUCUAGAUGCGUGAACAUGAAGCAAAGAAGGUUGAUAAACCUUAAGAGCCAUGACAACCAUGUUUUGAUGCAAGAUAUCCUUCCCGCCGCAUUAAGAGCUUCUAAUGCAACAAAAGUAAUUGAUUUGCUUGCAAAAUUGUCUUACUUUUUCAAGCAAUUAUGCUCCACUACUAUUGAUCCUGAUGAUCUAGAUGCUCUUUUAGAAGGAAUUGUAUUAACCCCUUGUGAGUUGGAAAUGGAGUUUUUGCCUUCGUUUUUCACAAUCAUGGUUCAUUUGCUAAUUCACUUAGUGGAGGAGGUUAAACUCGGUGGGCCAGUACAGUACAGAUGGAUGUAUCCCAUUGAGAGGUACUUGGCCCAUCUAAAGUUAAAUGUAGCUAAUAAAGCCCAACCUGAAGGGUCAAUUGCAGAAGGCUACCUUUUAGAGGAGACCAUUAGGUUUUGUUCAAGAUAUCUUGAAGGUGUUAAGACCGUCUUUAACAAACCUAAACGAAUUGAUGAUGAUUGUCCCAAUUCUGGAAAAUACUUGUGUAAUUCUGGCGGUCGAGUAAUAGGGAAAGAAGUCAAUUUCCGUCUAGAUGGCAAAAGCUUAAAACAAGCUCAUCGCUAUGUUUUACUGCAUCAUUCUGAUGAAAUUCAAGAUCUUCUCGAUUAAG